AUGGCGGCGGCGGCGGCGAGCGGAGCUGGCGGGGCUGCCGGGGCCGGAGCUGGGGGAGCCGGGCCAGCAGGUCGCCUGCUGCCUCCGCCCGCCCCGGGGCCCCCGGCCGCCCCCGCUGCAGUGCCCCCGGCGGCUGGCCCGCCGCGUCCUCCAGCCCCGGCCUCCCGCGGGCCGGUGCCUGCCCGCAUCGGCUACUACGAGAUCGACCGCACCAUCGGCAAGGGCAACUUCGCUGUGGUCAAGAGGGCCACGCACCUCGUCACCAAGGCCAAGGUUGCAAUCAAGAUCAUAGAUAAGACCCAGCUGGAUGAAGAAAUGAAGAAGAUUUUCCGAGAAGUUCAAAUUAUGAAGAUGCUUUGCCACCCCCAUAUUAUCAGGCUGUACCAGGUUAUGGAGACAGAACGGAUGAUUUAUCUGGUGACAGAAUAUGCUAGUGGAGGGGAAAUAUUUGACCACCUGGUGGCCCAUGGCAGAAUGGCAGAAAAGGAGGCCCGUCGGAAGUUCAAACAGAUUGUUGCAGCCGUCUAUUUUUGUCACUGUCGGAACAUUGUUCAUCGUGAUCUAAAAGCUGAAAAUUUGCUUUUAGACGCCAAUCUGAAUAUCAAAAUAGCAGAUUUUGGCUUCAGUAACCUCUUCACUCCUGGGCAGCUGCUGAAGACCUGGUGUGGUAGCCCUCCCUAUGCUGCACCCGAACUCUUUGAAGGAAAGGAAUAUGAUGGGCCCAAAGUGGACAUCUGGAGCCUUGGCGUUGUCCUCUAUGUGCUGGUGUGUGGAGCCCUGCCAUUUGAUGGGAGCACACUGCAGAAUCUUCGGGCCCGGGUGUUGAGUGGAAAGUUCCGCAUCCCAUUUUUUAUGUCCACAGAAUGUGAGCACUUGAUCCGCCACAUGCUGGUGUUGGACCCCAACAAGCGCCUCUCCAUGGAGCAGAUCUGCAAGCACAAGUGGAUGAAGCUAGGGGAUGCUGAUCCCAACUUUGACAGGUUAAUAGCUGAAUGCCAGCAGCUGAAGGAAGAAAGACAGAUGGACCCCCUAAAUGAGGAUGUCCUCUUGGCCAUGGAGGACAUGGGACUGGACAAAGAGCGGACACUACAGGCGGAGCAGGCUGGCACCACGAUGAACAUCAGCGUCCCCCAGGUGCAGCUGAUCAACCCAGAGAACCAAAUUGUUGAGCCGGAUGGGACGGUGAACUUGGACAGUGAUGAGGGUGAAGAGCCUUCCCCCGAAGCAUUGGUCCGCUAUCUGUCCAUGAGAAGGCAUACGGUCGGUGUGGCCGAUCCACGCACGGAAGUAAUGGAAGAUCUGCAGAAGCUCCUGCCUGGCUUUCCCGGCGUCAACCCACAGGCUCCCUUCCUGCAGGUGGCCCCUAACAUGAACUUCAUGCACAACCUGUUGCCCAUGCAAAAUCUGCAGCCAACUGGGCAGCUGGAGUACAAGGAGCAGUCCCUGUUACAGCCGCCCACCCUGCAGCUGCUGAAUGGAAUGGGCCCCCUUGGCCGGAGGGCAUCAGAUGGGGGCGCCAACAUCCAACUGCACGCCCAGCAGCUGCUGAAGCGCCCACGGGGACCCUCCCCUCUUGUCACCAUGACACCAGCAGUGCCAGCAGUUACCCCUGUGGACGAGGAGAGCUCGGAUGGGGAGCCAGAUCAGGAAGCUGUGCAGAGGUACUUGGCAAAUAGGUCCAAAAGACAUACUCUGGCCAUGACCAACCCUACAGCCGAGAUCCCACCGGACCUACAACGGCAGCUAGGACAGCAGCCUUUCCGUUCCCGGGUCUGGCCCCCUCACCUGGUACCUGAUCAGCAUCGCUCCACCUACAAGGACUCCAACACACUGCACCUCCCCACGGAGCGUUUCUCCCCUGUGCGCCGGUUCUCAGAUGGGGCUGCAAGCAUCCAGGCCUUCAAAGCUCACCUGGAAAAAAUGGGCAACAACAGCAGCAUCAAACAGUUGCAGCAGGAGUGUGAGCAGCUGCAGAAGAUGUACGGGGGGCAGAUUGAUGAAAGAACCCUGGAGAAGACCCAGCAGCAGCAUAUGUUAUACCAGCAGGAGCAGCACCAUCAAAUUCUCCAGCAGCAGAUUCAAGACUCUAUCUGUCCUCCUCAGCCUUCACCACCACUUCAGGCUGCAUGUGAAAAUCAGCCCGCCCUCCUCACCCACCAGCUCCAGAGGUUAAGGAUUCAGCCUUCAAGCCCACCUCCCAACCACCCCAACAACCAUCUCUUCAGACAACCCAGUAAUAGUCCGCCCCCCAUGAACAGCGCCAUGAUCCAGUCUCAUGGUGCUGCCUCUCCUUCCCAGUUUCAAGGCUUCCCCUCCCGCAGUGCAGUCUUCCAGCAGCAGCCCGAGAACUGUUCGCCUCCUCCCAACGUGGCACUAACGUGCUUGGGGAUCCAGCAGCCUCCCCAGUCGCAGCAGGUGACCAUCCAAGUGCAGGAGCCUGUUGACAUGCUCAGCAGCAUGCCCGGGACAGCUGCGGGCUCUGCUGGCCGAGGCGUCUCUGUCAGCCCCAGUGCCAGUCAGGUUCAGAUGCAGCACCGGACCAACCUGAUAGCCGCCUUCAGCUAUGGACACCGGCCCUUGUCCAAGCAGCUGAGUGCCGACAGUGCAGAGGCCCACAGUGCGCAUCCGCAGUCACCGCACUACACCACGUCAGCGCUGCAGCAGGCCCUGCUGUCCCCCACGCCGCCAGACUACACGAGACACCAGCAGGUCCCCCACAUCCUCCAAGGACUGCUCUCUCCCCGGCACUCGCUCACCGGCCACUCGGACAUUCGGCUGCCCCCGGCCGAGUUUGCACAGCUCAUUAAAAGGCAGCAGCAGCAGCGGCAGCAGCAGCAGCAGCAGCAGCAAGAGUACCAAGAACUGUUGAGGCACAUGAACCAGGGGGACGCCGGGAGUCUGGCUCCGGGUCUCGGGGGACAGAGCAUGACAGAGCGCCAGGCUUUACCAUAUCAAAAUGCUGACUCUUACCACCACCACCACCACACCAGCCCCCAGCAUCUUCUGCAAAUCAGGGCGCAAGAAUGUAUCUCACAGGCUUCCUCAGCCAGCCCGACCCACGCAUACGCUCAGCAGCCGGCGCUGGUACACUCAGAGAGCAUGGAGGAGGAGUGCUCCUGUGACGGGGCCAAGGACGGCUUUCCCGACAGGAAGAGUGCGAGCACGCUGGCCAAGGGCUGCCACGACAGCCCCUUGCUCUUGAGUACUGGCGGGCCUGGGGACCCCGAGUCUUUACUAGGAACUGUGAGCCACGCACAGGAGCUGGGGCUGCAUCCAUACCGACAGGCAGCUGCUGCGUUCCCUAGAAAUAAGGUGUCCAGCCGAGAGUCUGUCAUAGGGAACUGCAUGGAUAGAAGUUCUCCAGGACAAGCAAUGGAGCUGCCAGAUCACAAUGGACUUGGGUACCCCGCACACCCCUCAGUCAGUGAGCACCACAGGCCCCGGACCCUCCAGAGACAUCACACGAUCCAGAACAGCGACGACGCUUACGUACAGCUGGAUAACUUGCCAGGCAUGAGUCUCGUGGCUGGGAAAGCACUUAGUUCUGCCCGGAUGUCAGAUGCAGUUCUCAGCCAGUCGUCGCUCAUGGGGAGCCAGCAGUUCCAGGAUGGGGAAAACGAGGAAUGUGGGGAGCAUCUGGGAGCUCACGAGCACGCAGACCUGACUGACGGCAGCCAGCAUUUAAACUCCUCCUGCUACCCAUCAACGUGCAUUACAGACAUCCUGCUCAGCUACAAGCACCCCGAGGUCUCCUUCAGCAUGGAACAGGCAGGCGUGUAGCAGGCGAUGGAGAGUUUAUGUACAGCGCGGGAAUGAAGAGGUUGACUUUAAACCAACAGUAUCUGGCAGCAUUGCGCCAAACUGCCAUCAUGUUCACCUCCGCCCAGAGUGUCGGCUCCUUUCUUCACACUUGGUUCAUCAGUGCGCUGUCCUUUCGGGCUCUGAGGGGGUUUUGCCAUGUUCUCUUGUAUGACCAAGUCACCAUGGAAAUAAACAGGAAAUCCAUGUUCGCCACCUUUUGUGAAAGUGUAUUUGGUGUAUUUGAGUUGGUGGUUUUGUUUGGUUUGGGUUUGGGUUAUUGUCUUCUUUUUUUCCUUCCUUCUUUCUUUUUCUUUCUUUCUUUUUUUUUUUUUUUUUUAGACAGAAGAGCAAAGCAGAGUAUGGCUGGGGGCCCAGAGCCACUCUCUCCCCAGUCCCCAUCCACAGAGCACCCUCCAGUCAUCGGCACUGCUCUUCUGUGGGAGCAAAAGCUAAAGGGCAGCGUCCUCUGGAAUCUUAGUGGCUAGAGAAGGAGACAUCGGAAGGGGCGAUGGCCUCUAGGCUUUGGAGAGCAACGAGAGAACCGAACCCCCAGCCUGGACCCUGGAGAGGGCCUUACUGCUGGGACCCACUGAAAACAUGCCUGGCCCAGCCAGGGUCGUACCAGAACAUUAGCAUGGAGGCUGAGAGUGGCCUGGCGCUGAUGGGUUGCUGGUUAAAACAUCUCAGUGUGAGCCUUCUCUUUGGUGUGUAACUCCGCUCCCCUCCUGUAACCUGGAAAGUUGGUGGCCUUUAUCAUCCUGCUCGUUCUACCCAUGGACUGAAUACCCACAGUGGUACACUAUGCGUUUGUGUCCCUUUCAUUCUUAUCUUAUAUUCUGCUAUAACAAGGAUUGUUUCUCCAUACAGACAGACAGACAGACAGACAGACACACACACACACACACACACACACACACACACACACACACGUUCCCCUUACAACCUCUUUGUCACAGGCAAAAGGAACAGGAGGUUGUCUUGGGUCCUGCCUCUCUCCUAACUUUCUCCUCUCCCCUGGGCAUCCUCAGCCCCUACUUUAAUUCUUGAUCAUGUAAGAAUUGUUUUUGGUAAAUGUUGAUAUUAUUGUUAUUAUUGUUAUUAUUAUUAAUAAAUAAAAGCAAAAAGAAUUUUUGUUUAAAAGAGAAAUGUUUAACCAGAUUCUGUUCUAUUUGAAUUGUGACUUGCACCUUUUGUUCAAAGUAUUUUAUUUAGCUCUUGUAAUUGUGAACAGUUCUCCUUGUGCCAGUGACAGAUGUAGUGGACUCCUUUCCCAGCUGAAGCAGUGCAUAUGCAACAGCCAUCAUUCGUGUCCUUAUCUUUAUUUCUCUUCGCUGUUAGAAACCAAAGUCUUCUCUGCAGGCUGGGGGUUGACAGAGGAUCUGGGUUCUCUCCUUCUGAUCUUCAAAACAAGAAAGAAAUGUUAAAUAUUCUGACUCUUAAUUUGUUUCUCUGGGAAAGCGGAGGGGAAGGUCUCUCGGCCCCUUUCAUCCUGAGAUUGCACACAAGAGCACGGGUGCCCAGCACAGCCAGCCUGAUGUUGCUGACAGGACCCCCACACAGCUCGUCCUUCUCACUGAUAUCGGCAGCUCAGCUCCUGGACCCAGCAUCCCUGGAGUGGGUUUCUGCAGUACAAGAGCCUUUCUGGGCUCUCUCUGUCUUUCCCUGGUCCCUGAUCUUACCGCCUGCCCACCCACUUGAUGGGGCCACCAACUACUUACAAGAAGGAGGAGCCGAGAAAGCCUGAACAGCCACUGUUGACUUCCCCGGCUCCUUGCAACUCCGAUGCCCCUGGCAGCCCCCCCACCACAUUCUCGGCCCGUUCUGUGCACGUAGUUCUGAACUGAUGGACGAGCGGACUGCUGCCUCCAGCAACCACCCAGGCAAAAGCCAGGGAGCCUAUUAACCGUGCCAUCUUGCAAACUACAUUUAAAAACAAAAGAUCAUUGCUUUGUAUUGUAGUAACCAAUAUGCUCAGUAUAUGUUGAAUGUACAUGAAUAUACUUUCCUAUUUCUGUUCUUUGAAAAUGUCAAAGUAUUUUUUCCUUUCUCAUUUAUGUUGAACUAAAAAAGGAUUAAAAAAGAAAAAUCUCCAGACCCAAGUUGCAGUAAGACCUUUAGUCCUUUUUUGUAGGCACUUACAACUUAGUAACUUGGUUGGACAUAGGGGAUUGUGAAAAUAAACACUUGAUUAUGAUCUUA